AUGUACAAUGAGAAUCUCACACCCGAAACACCAAAAGAGUUACAAUCGAUGACAUGUCCAAAUCCUCAUGAGACUCUUCCUAUUGAAAUCAAGUCUUCAGGAAUUGAUCUACCUAUUGCUCUCAGAAAACCACCUCGAUCAUGCACUCUCCACCCUAUCUUUAAAUUUUUAUCCUAUAAUACUCUGUCUAUGGGGUUUCACACCUUUUCUUCUAAUCUUGAUAAUACAGAAAUGUCGAAGAACAUUCAAGAAGCCAUGACUAUUCUCAAAUGGAAGGACGAUGUUUUAGAAGAAAUGCAAGCACGGGAGAAAAAUAACACAUGGGAUGUGGUAGAGUUAUCAAGGGGAAAAAGACUUGUUGGCUGCAAAUGGGUUUUUAGUGUGAAGUACAAGGCUGAUGGAACAGUAGAACGUUUCAAAGCUCGUCUCAUUGCAAAAGGGGCAAAUGUUUCUGUAUAG